UCUCUCUCUCUCAGUGUGUGAGUAUAUGUGUGAGCAGUGAGUGAGUGACUUAAGUGCUGGGAUUUGCCUUUACUACUACUAUUGAAACCAUUGGCACUGUUAUACUAGCACUGGUAUAGCAGCAGCAAUAGUAGCAGCACUGGUACCUACAGUGUGGUAGUAUUAGUAGGUAGUAUAGACUGAGAGAGAGUGUGGUGGUAUAUAUGAGAAUAGUUGGUUGUUUAGUGUAUGUAUGUAUGUGUAAGAGUACUGUAUAUUUUUAUUACUACAACUAUAACCUAAUGGUGUGUUUUCUGUGGCAAAAUGUCGGACAAACCACUCUUUGUUUGAAAACGCCGUAUAAAUUGUUUUCAUUUGUUUUGUUUGUUUGUUUUUUUUCGGCAGAAAUAAAACAAAUUUCAGAUUUCAGAUGACAUAACAAUUAAAUAACUAAUUGUGUCAUCAGUUUGUCUCUCAGAUUAACUAAUUAUAAGUUUGUGCUUAAAAAAAAAUAUAAUCUAAAUAUAAGUUGAAUUGAUUGUCAAAUAUAUAAUAAUAAUAAAAUAGUUUUUUUUUACAAAGUGUUGUUGUGUUGUGUUGUAUAUGUGUGUUGACUGUGUGUUUGAUUGAUUGAUAGGUAAUACUGUCUCUUCAAUAACUUCAAUAACCGAUAAUUACAACCAAAUCAAAAAUAGCGUCGAUAUCGUCAUCGAUUUCUUCAUCGCUGCUGUCAUCGCUGUCGACAUCGGGUGUAGCGUUGAAUCCAUCACUGUAUCAUUCGUUACAAUCAGCGAUACCGACGACCAACCAAUCAUCGACGAUGGACAAGAAAAAACCGUUGAAAAGGCCGCGAAUGGACGGUCCGAUCGGUGCUCGCAGUGGACCGAUUGCCAACGGCCCGAUGCAUGCCCGGCCAUUGGUGGCCCUGUUGGACGGCCGGGAUUGUUCGGUAGAGAUGCCGAUACUGAAGGACGUGGCCACUGUUGCCUUCUGUGACGCCCAGUCCACACAAGAAAUACAUGAGAAAGUGUUGAACGAAGCGGUUGGUGCACUCAUGUGGCAUACAAUCACUUUAACUAAAGAAGAUCUCGAAAAGUUUAAAGCCCUGAGAAUUAUUGUCAGAAUCGGUUCCGGUGUCGACAAUGUCGAUAUCAAAGCUGCCGGAGAGUUAGGAGUGGCCGUUUGUAAUGUUCCCGGCUAUGGUGUCGAAGAAGUAGCCGAUACAACAUUAUGUCUGAUAUUGAAUUUAUAUCGACGAACCUAUUGGUUGGCGAAUAUGGUCAGAGAAGGAAAGAAAUUCCAGGGACCCGAACAGGUGCGCGAAGCCGCUGCCGGUUGCGCCCGCAUUCGUGGCGAUACACUCGGCAUUGUUGGAUUAGGUAUGGGUCGUGUGGGAACAGCUGUCGCAUUAAGAGCAAAAGCUUUUGGAUUUAAUGUCAUAUUCUACGACCCGUAUCUUCCGGACGGCAUCGAAAAGUCGUUGGGUUUGACCCGAGUUUAUACACUCCAAGAUUUGCUCUUUCAAAGCGAUUGUGUAUCACUUCAUUGUACUCUUAAUGAACACAAUCAUCAUCUCAUUAAUGAAUACACAAUCAAACAGAUGCGUCCGGGUGCCUUUUUGGUGAAUACAGCACGAGGAGGACUGGUAGACGAGAAUGCCUUAGCGGCUGCACUAAAGGACGGCCGUAUCAGAGCUGCAGCACUUGACGUUCACGAGAGCGAGCCAUUCAAUGCCUUGUCGGAUUCCCCGAACGUGAUCUGUACGCCACACGCCGCCUGGUAUUCGGACGCCUCGUCGACCGAACUGCGAGAGAUGGCCGCUUCGGAGAUUCGCCGGGCAAUUGUAGGCCGUAUACCCGAUUCACUACGAAAUUGUGUCAACAAGGAAUAUUUUGUUUCAUCUAAUUAUGGCGAGAGUAUUAACGGUGCCGGCAGUGCAUACAACUAUACCGGACCCAUAGUUCCACAUUCGACAACAUUAGAGCCGCUGCCGGCGCCCGGUUCGGUGCCGACAUCACUAUCUUCAGCGCACGCCACACCACACUCGACAUUACAAGACAAUGCCGGCAAUCAUUUGACACCCAAACCAGAAAGUUCUGAAGUUCAUUGAAAUUUAAAUUUAAAAAAAAAAGAAAUAAUACGACAAUAACUACUACUACAACAACAACAACAAACAAAACACAGCAACAAAAUCAUUAAUUAAUUUUCAAUUUCUCUCUUUUUUCAACAAAAAAUCAAUUUAUUAUUAUUAUUAUCGACGACUACUACUACUACUAUCUGUAUUUACUUUAUCCUCCAAUUAAUUAAGUAAUUAUAAUUAGGUUUAAUAACCACAUUACAUAGCUUUACAUUUUUUAUUUUAUUAUUAUUAUUAUUAUUUUCGAAUAAUUGCUUUAUAUAAAAAAUAGAAAAAAUUGCUGAAAUUUAUUAAAGAAAACAUUACACAUACAAACUAAACAAUUUUGAAAACUUUUUUUUUUAAUUUUUUUGAUCAAACAAACUAUACGACAAUAUUAUUAUGAUUUGGUUAUAAUUUUAGUUUUGG